UGCGCCCACAACUUAGCUCAUUAGGAAACACUCCCCGGGACCGAUAAGCGAGUUCAGUAACUUACCUGGAAUACAGCAGUCAAAACAAGAGGGCAUUCAGACCACGACGAUUAUAUACUUCACAGCACAUUUCAAGAAGAAGUAGAACGUGAUUAUUCUUUUGUUUUGUUUUGUUUUGUUAUUCGCAUGACACCGUGCGCCAGUGUUGCGGUCUACAGUACCCUCUGACACUGCGCUGAACCCGAGCUCUGUAUUUUAAUGAACAGACUCUACGUGUAUGGAAUCACAAGCAUCUAACCCCAAACCCGACCUCAGGAGACUGUUCUCUGCGUGCGAUCUGAAUAAAUCUGGACGGAUCGAGUAUGAAGAUUUUGCGACGGUUUGCCGAGAGCUGAGCGUCCAGACCUCGCAGGUGGCUCUUCUCUUUAACAAGUUCGACAUGGACCGGGACGGGUGCAUCGACUACACUGAUUUUUCGACCCGGUUCCACGAAGUUUCGGAAACUUUGGAUCUGGCUUCUUUCGACGGGGCUUCGCAUUCACACAGAAUCGCUUGGGAGGAAUUCGAAGAGAGACUCGGAGAUAAAGUUCACUAUCUAAACAGCAGCCGAGACCAGUUGGCAGAGCUGUACCAGCAGAUCCAUGCCUUCUCGGAGGACGCUGUGCUCCAGUAUGAGUCGCUCAUCGAGGGCCUGAUCAGAGACAGCAGGGUCCACUGUCUGGAGACUGACAAACUGGAGUCCACUCUGAGAAGGACAGAGGAGAUGACUGCGAGACAGCUGGCUGAACUGGAGGAAGACAUACAGCAACAACUCUCCAACCUGGAGAAGAGAGUAAGAGAGGAGGAGCACCAGAAACUGGAAGCAGCAAUCGCAGGCCUUCAGAGGAGACAUGAGAACGAGGUCUCCGAUCUGCAGGCAACUGCUGACAGGCUCAAAGCGCAAGAAGAGCAUCUGCUGCACUUAAUCGCCAAAGAAGAUGUUUCUAAACUUAAAGAUACAAUCAGUGAGCUGACACAGGAAAAGGACCAUUUAAGAAAAUGUCUAGAAAAAGCCAAGACAAGUGUUUCACUUCUUCAAGUAGAGCUGGAUCAACUUAAAAAUGAUUUUACAGACCAAAAAUUACAACAUGAGAGAGAGAAAGAAGCAUUGACCAAGAUGGCAGAAGAACGCCAGUCUUAUUCCAAUCAGAUUGAAAUACUGCAGGGUGUAAACAAAAUGCUGUACGACAGCAACGAUGGGUUGAGAUCGGCUCUCGGCACAAACGUUGGGUCUGGAAAGAAAAGGCACCUCUCACCCAGGGGUCGAAUUCCAAUAACCAGAGUGAAGCCCAAUGAACAAAAUGGGCCGCAUGUCAUUAGCUAUAGCAGCUUUGCUGGUGAAGACAACAGUAUGGCGUUGGAUACGUAUGGACCCACACCUGCAAAAUACUCUCAGGUUGCCAGCUGGGCUGACAACUACCUGGACAGUGGAGUCUCCGACUCUCACGAUGCCAUUGACGGCCAGGACUCCAGCAAUGAGUACGACAGCGAUCACAGCAACUACUCGGAGGGGACCGUGCACUACAGCUACUCCUGUGUGCCCUCAGAUAUUGAGAUGUCUGAAUUGAAGUCCGAGAGGACGCUCGAUGUGGAAUCAUCUUUGGCUCCGAGUCGCCGCAGUUCUGUUGGGUCUUCGAUUAGGAGACGCCUUCCAGCAUUCAGCCCAAAGCUGGCUGAUACAGGAACAGAGGAUUCCCAGGAGCUGGGUCCAAUGUACAGGCUGGUCCUCGCAGGGGACGCGGGAGCAGGGAAGUCCAGCUUUCUGCUCCGACUGUGCAUGAAUGAAUUCAGAGGAAACAUCCCCACAACACUGGGAGUCGAUUUCCAAAUGAAGAAGUUGUUGGUUGACGGAGAGCGUACAACAUUACAGAUCUGGGACACUGCAGGACAAGAGAGGUUCCGCAGCAUUGCCAAGUCCUACUUCCGAAAGGCACACGGGGUGCUACUCCUGUACGACAUCACCUCUGAGAGGAGCUACCUGAAUAUCAGAGAGUGGAUUGAUGAAAUCCGGGAUUCCACAGAUAACCCCAUUCCUCUAAUUCUAAUUGGAAACAAGUGUGACUUGAGAGCAGAGAUGCCGGAGUCCAGCUGUGUGAACACUGCACACGGGGAGAAGCUAGCUAUGACGUACAAUUCCCUUUUCUGUGAAACAAGUGCUAAAGACGGUACCAAUGUUGUGGAAGCUGUCCUGCAUCUUGCAAGGGAAGUGAGAAAGACUGUUAAUGUCAAGCAGAUUGCCGAGCCAGUCAUGAAACUGAGUGUCCAGGAUGGGAAGAAAGCACUGACAAACUGCUGUGGGAUGUAGCAACCACCGUCUCACCUGGCAUCUGAUCACACUAAAGUAUUAUUUUGUGCAUGGAUCCAAAAUACAGCAAAUCAACUGUGUGGGCGAAAUCGGGCAAGUUUGGUUGGGUGGCUGUACAAUCAACACAGCUGCACCCUACAAUUAUUGAUGUUAUCAUGCAACCACACCACCAACAAAUACAUGGGACAAAUUUUUAAAUAAAUACAUACGUUUGUCCUCCUGUGUAGGAGUAAAUUGACGUUAAUGAGAAUGCUGUUUUUAAAGUUCACUAUAUUGGUAAGUGACAGCUGCUGAAUUAAACAUUUAAGGUAAUUGAAUUGUUUGUCACGUUUACAGGGCUGGGGGUGUUAGGAAAUGAGUAUCUUUUCUUUUAAUGCUUUUACUGACAUUAAAAAGAUGGAUUUUAAAAUUCAACAAUUCCAAACAAGAACAACAUUUGCUAUUGCUUCAUAUAAACCCUCCUGUUGUCUCCAAUAAGCAUGAAUAGCUGACUGAACACAUUUCCAGCUGUUCAAGAUGCAUCAGGAUAUGUGUUUUUGUGGAUUAGAUUUUUUUUUUUUUUUGCACAACACAAGUGAUGUCACCAAUGCAUCAUAAUAGCUUUAGCACCCCUUGGAGAACACUGUAUUUUUAAACUGUUGCAUUUAGGUAAAUGGUUUGUGUAUAUUUAACCGGUAUAAUGUAUUUUGCACAAAAAAAAUGAAGGGAUGUAUAAAGUUUUAAUGCUGAAAUUAUGUAAAUGUAAAACUGAUUUUUAUGGCUGUGUUGGUGUUUAGAAUUUAUUAGUUUUAUAGGAAAUAAAAAAUAUGUUUGUUACAAAACUUUAGUUUUUGAUUAAUAGACAUGGGCCUGUCCAUUUAGUAUCCCACACACGGCUCAGUGUAGAUAUCCUGCUUAUGCGGUUGUGAUGACACAUAUUCUGUAAAAGUUUCUUGGUUAUCAGAUCUGGCCACAGAGCCUACGGUUUCAUGUUGGGUAUUGGUUUAAUUUGUUAUUUAAUAUUCUGUCAAUUGUAAAAACUUUAUUUUCUUACCAGGUAAUGGAUAUGUAUAUAAUAUCUUUAUUUUUAUAUAGCGCCUGUCAUAGCAGACCACCAUCACAAAGUGCUUUACAAAGGUAGGCUGUGCAUUAUA